AUGGCUCAUCUGCGUCUGGCCACUGCCAAUCUCGCACUCACCACUCGCAUCCCCAUCCCAACUCGCAUCGCUGCUGCGUCCAUCUCUACACAGCUCCAUCGCAUCGCUCUCCAGCCAACACCGGCUCGACUAACAUCAGCUCGCCGCACCUUCUCCACCACCCCUCUCAUCAGCGCUAAGAAAAGGAUGCCGCCCAAAAAGCAGGUCGUGGUCGAAAAGAUCCGUUUGGGUCGACCCUCGAAUAACCUCAAGAUGGGCAUUGUCGGUCUGCCCAACGUCGGCAAGUCGUCUUUCUUCAACGUCGUUGCCAAGUGCGAUCUGGGUAAAUCGGCCAACUUCCCGUAUGCGACGAUCGAACCCGAAGAGGCGCGGGUGCCCGUUCCGGACGAUAGGUUCACCUGGUUGGCUGCGCAGUACAAGCCCAAGUCGGAAGUGCCCGCCUUUUUGACGUGCAUCGAUAUCGCCGGUUUGACCGCCGGUGCGUCGACAGGUGCCGGUUUGGGCAACGCCUUCUUGAGCAACGUCAGGAGCGUCGAUGGCAUCUUCCAGGUCGUGCGUGCUUUCGAUGACGCCGAGGUUAUUCACGUCGAGGGUGAUGUCAACCCCAUUCGUGAUAUGGAGAUCAUCUCGACCGAGUUGCGGUUGAAGGACAUUGCUUGGAUCGAAUCCGCGCUCGAUAAUGCCAAGAAGAACGCUCGCAGCGCCGGAAACGUCAGCCUCGAAGACAAGAAGCGCAAAGAGGAGGUCGGCAUCAUCGAGAAGAUCCUCAAGCACGUCGCUGAGGACAACAAGGAUGUUCGCAAGGGCGACUGGAACAACAACGAGGUCGAAGUGAUUAACAACCUCCAACUGCUCACGGCCAAGCCGGUGAUCUACCUGGUCAACCUCUCCGAAAAAGACUAUGUUCGACGCAAGAACAAGUGGUUGGCCAAGAUCAAGGCGUGGAUUGACGAGAACAACCCUGGUGAUUUGCUCAUUCCCUUCUCGGUUGCACUGGAGGAGCGACUCUUGCAACUGGGAUCGCCCGAGGCGGAAGCGGCGGAGCUGGCGACUUUGGGGGACAACAUCACUGGUGCCCUCGGUAAAAUCACCAAGGCUGGCUACGAUGGGUUGGACCUGGUGCGCUACUUCACCGCCGGCCCCGACGAGGUGCGCGCAUGGACCUUCCGUAAGGGCCUCAAAGCUCCCGAAGCCGCCGGCAUCAUCCACACGGAUUUCCAGAAGAAGUUCGUCUGCGGUGAAGUGUUCAGCAUCGACGACAUCAAGGAGCACGGCAACGAGAACGGCGUCAAGGCUGCGGGCAAGUACAAGCAGAUCGGUCGCGAGUACAAGGUGCAGGACGGCGACAUUUGCUAUUGGAAGCACGGCUGA